GGGGGCGCGCGAGGCGCAAAGGGCGCGCUCUCGCGUCACGUGACCGGGACGCGCCGUUCUUCCGUCGGCCAUUUUAGGUGGUCCGCGGCGGCGCCAUUAAAGCGAGGAGGAGGCGAGAGCGGCCGCCGCUGCUGCUUUUUCUUUCCUAGCGCAGCGGGGAGAGCGGAGUGCGCGCCGCGCGGGAGCGGGCGGCGAGGCGGGCAGGCCAGGCGAGGCGGCGGAGCCCUUGCAGCCACGCGCGCGCCUCCUCCGUCUUGUGGUGCUUCGCGGGGUAGAGCGGGCGCGCGCGGCGGCGGCGGCGGGAUUACUUCGCUGCUACUUUCGGUUCGCGGCGGCGGCGGGGGUCGUCUCGGCGGCGGCGGCGGCGGCAGCGCUAUGUCGGAGGAGCAGUUCGGCGGGGACGGGGCGGCGGCGGCGGCGGCGGCGGUAGGCGGCCCGGCGGGCGAGCAGGAGGGAGCCAUGGUGGCGGCGGCGCAGGGGGCAGCGGCGGCGGCGGGAAGCGGAGCCGGGACCGGGGGCGGAACGGCGGCCGGAGGCACCGAAGGAGGCAGCGCCGAGUCGGAAGGGGCGAAGAUCGACGCCAGCAAGAACGAGGAGGAUGAAGGCCAUUCAAACUCCUCCCCACGACACUCUGAAGCAGCGACGGCACAGCGGGAAGAAUGGAAAAUGUUUAUAGGAGGCCUUAGCUGGGACACUACAAAGAAAGAUCUGAAGGACUACUUUUCCAAAUUUGGUGAAGUUGUAGACUGCACUCUGAAGUUAGAUCCUAUCACAGGGCGAUCAAGGGGUUUUGGCUUUGUGCUAUUUAAAGAGUCGGAGAGUGUAGAUAAGGUCAUGGAUCAGAAAGAACAUAAAUUGAAUGGGAAAGUGAUUGAUCCCAAAAGGGCCAAAGCAAUGAAAACAAAAGAGCCGGUUAAAAAAAUUUUUGUUGGUGGCCUUUCUCCAGAUACACCUGAAGAGAAAAUAAGGGAGUACUUUGGUGGUUUUGGUGAGGUGGAAUCCAUAGAGCUCCCCAUGGACAACAAGACCAAUAAGAGGCGUGGGUUCUGCUUUAUUACCUUUAAGGAAGAAGAACCAGUGAAGAAGAUAAUGGAAAAGAAAUACCACAAUGUUGGUCUUAGUAAAUGUGAAAUAAAAGUAGCCAUGUCGAAGGAACAGUAUCAGCAACAGCAGCAGUGGGGGUCUAGAGGAGGAUUUGCAGGAAGAGCUCGUGGAAGAGGUGGUGGCCCCAGUCAAAACUGGAACCAGGGAUAUAGUAACUAUUGGAAUCAAGGCUAUGGCAACUAUGGAUAUAACAGCCAAGGUUACGGUGGUUAUGGAGGAUAUGACUACACUGGUUACAACAACUACUAUGGAUAUGGUGAUUAUAGCAACCAGCAGAGUGGUUAUGGGAAAGUAUCCAGGCGAGGUGGUCAUCAAAAUAGCUACAAACCAUACUAAAUUAUUCCAUUUGCAACUUAUCCCUGACAG